AAAAGUCUGUCCAAUUGAAUGGCUUGUUUUAAGAACCGGCAGCCCGUGUCCAAUAGCAAGAUGUUUUAGUGAGAAGCUGAAGAGUGGCAGGACGGAGAAGAUGUUAUUGGAGAGUCAACGAGACAGUCAGCAGAGGUUGGGAGAUUUGCUGCUUCUGAUAACGAGAAAUAGACACACGCGAAUGGGAUUGUAUUUAAUAUUAAUAUACUGCCGCUUGGUUGUUACCCGGGGUCCAAUCUAACAAGCGGCAUACCCACAGAAACGCAGUGUAAAGGGAACUGUAUGUAAAUCAUUUUUGAAACAGGACUCAGGCUGACUGGCUGGGCUAAGCGGCAGUACCACAGAGUAUACACAAGACUCAAGCCAAAAUACCAUCCCUGAUCCAGCUGGUCCCAACCAUCCAUCCGACUUGGACUGCAAUCAGAAAGCAUCCUUUUUUAAAAGCCAUUGAGAUACUGCAGUACUGAACAAACACCACAAUGAGCUGCAGAAUGCAGGCCUUUAUUAUACUGUAAUUCAACCUUCUUUCAGAGGAGCCCUGCAGUGUUUUGCGGUUUCAGUAACAACGCCUUCUGUUUAGAAGCACUGAAGUUUUAAAGGUUGGCUUGAGGAGAAAGAGUUCUCUGCCAGGAACGAGGAGGAAGACUGAAGCAUCACAGCUAACUGGAAGUAUCCCUGAAGAUCAACAGAUGUGUCACAGUACAGAGACCUGUUGGAUUCAGCCACAAGGGAACUGAUUUCCUGAGAGUAAGGUAUCUCAGCAGUUGAAUCUGUAAGAAGAUGCUGGAACAAGACAGAGGUGUGGUGGAGGAAUGGCUCUCAGAAUUCAAGACAUUACCUGAAUCUCAAGUUUCCAGUUAUGCAGCAACGCUUCAUCAGAAGAAAAAACUUGUGUCUGCUCUUUAUAAAGUCAUCCAGGAUUCUGGCAAUGAGCUCCUGGAGCCAAUGUGCCACCAGCUGUUUGAGCUCUACCGGAGUUCUGAAGUGAAGCUCAAGAGGUUUACACUGCAGUUCCUUCCAGAGCUGGUCUGGGUUUACCUCCGAGUCACCGCCAGCAGGGACCGCCAGAGCAACGGCUGCAUUGAGGCGCUCCUGUUGGGCAUUUAUAACCUGGAAAUUGUCGACAAGGAUGGAAACAACAAACUGCUGUCUUUCACAAUACCUUCGUUAUCCAAACCAUCCAUAUACCAUGAGCCCUCCAGUCUUGGAUCCAUGGCACUGACGGAAGGGGCCCUGUGCCAGCAUGACCUCAUCAGGGUGGUUUACAGCGACAUGCACCCUCAACGAGAGACCUUCACUGCACAGAACAGAUUCGAUGUUCUCCGUUUCCUGAUGUUGUGCUAUAACUCUGCUGUGGUUUUUAUGCCACCUUCUUCCUACCAGUCUGUCUGUAGAAUGUGUUCCAGGUUAUGUGUGUGUGGUUUUCCACGGCAACAGGAGAAGCCGUGGAAGGAGCUGUGUGGCCGGGUGAUUCUGGACGCCGAGUUCAUGGUGCAGAUGUUGACGGCGGUCUAUCACGCCAUAUUCAAUGGGGAGUGGGACUUGGGCAGGGAGGCACUGGAGGACGUUAUCUAUAGAGCACAGCUGGAGCUUUACUCUCAGCCCCUUCUGGUGGCUAACGCGAUGAAGAGCUCCUUGCCUGCGAAUGCUCCCGACGGGUCUCAGGGCCGGAAGGUGCUGAAUAUGGAGGUGACGCCCACGGUGACCCGGAUAUCCCGCUCCGCCAUCACCACGGCCUCCAUCCGCCGUCAUCGGUGGAAGAGAGAGGAUUGUUUUGACUUCUCAAACGAGGCAGACAUGAGCUACCCCGCCACCCCGAACCGCCACGCCUCCUCGGAACCAGCAGCCAAUCAGCAGCGAGAGAGGGAGGGGCCAGCGGUGCAGUUCAGCAUCCCCCCGGUCACGCUUGAGGAUGCAGAUGGCAUGAGUGGAGGUGAGGACUCCAUCAACCUAAACGACCCAGAUGAGGGUUUCUCAUCCGGGGCCUCCAACAGCAGCCAGCCCAGCGGGAGCAAGCCGGUCACCCCUUCCCAGAGAGGCAACGUAAAGAAGGGGGCAGCGGGGCGGGUGGCUAGAGAGAGGGAGAGGGAGCCACUGAUGACCCCCCCUUCCAACUCCACCUCUGCCGAGCCUCAGCCAGCCCCUCACAGGCAGCCGCCACAACCCCCCUCCCCUCCCAGUGUCUCCUUGGAAGCCAUCGAGCUGAGCCCCAUGAAAAAGCAGCACCUCAGCUUGCCGGCCAGCCAGAGCCUGGUCAGGACUGCCAGCGCCACCUCCAGCAAGUCCUUUGACUUCAUGAACGGCAAUCGGGGAGAGGGGGCAGGCCCCGAGGCUGUCUCCAACCUGACAGCCAGCAGCGCUCACCACUUCUCCACCGUGAGCCUGCAGGAGGAGCGGCUGGGCGGCAGGGCUGGGGAGGGGAAGGAUCUGCUGUCCCCAGGGGCCCCCCUGACCAAGCAGUCCCGCUCCCCCAGCUUCAAUAUGCAAAUCAUAUCGCAGGUUUAGUGGGCGCCUUCCCCUUCCUGUACAACUUUCAAUGUCCCCAAGCAGCAAACCGCAUAUGAUGACUGCUUUUGAUGUAACUGCUCAGCAGCAACAUCUGGUCAACUAGAGAGACCAGCUCUUAGCUGUUGCAUAACUCUGAACAAACAGUCAUCUGGUGCGGGACUGCCGUUUCAGAGAAGGGGAGGGGAAGGGUUGAGAUCAUGGAACUGAUGAUGAUGAUGAUGAAACGGGUGGCAAUCUUUCAUUGUAAAUUAACAUUAUUGGAGACACCAUCAUGCUGAAGAACAACAAAGUAACCAGGUACUGUACUGAGCAGCCAGGUGACCCCUCCCCCCCCCCAAUCUAGAAUAGGUUUCCAGAAACCUUGUUCUGCCAAGAAUGCACUUGGGAACGGGAUUUCUUUUCUCCUCCUCCUCCUCGCUGUACUUUUCUGACCAAAUGGUGCAUUCAUUCCAUGUAUAUUUUGUGGACGAAAACAAAAAAUCUACUGUUGUUACCCAUUAUGGAAAAUGUAAUUGUCGUGUGUCUGCCGUAAUUCAAUCCUGAGAUUCAUAUAGUAUAUAUUUUGUAUUAAAACAGCAAUAAGACGA